GUGGCCCAAUCCUUCAAAAUACCCGGAUAUGCAUGUAACCAAAUCUCCACACACAUUAAUGGUUGCUCUCUCUGCUUCUUCUCUACGACAUAAAUACACACACAAGACAACCUUGAAUUACCAACUACGUAAAUUCCCAUUUUCUCCCCGGAAAAAUGGCAGCCUCUGCCGGCGGCCAGAUAACGGUGUCCUCAACAGUGCAGCUGCAUGGAAUGGGGUGUGGUCGGAACUGGAAGCUUGUCAAGUUUUGCAAUGGGGAACUCAUGGGACGUAAGCUUCACUUAAAAACUGCUUCUCCCACAACUGCUUGCUCUAAGAAUGUCAAGCCUCAACACCAUAUAUGCAUGUCUCUCACAACUGACCUAUUAUCCCCUGAAUCCAAGUUGAGAGACUUAGAAAUGGAAAGAAGAAACGCAAGAACAGUGUUGGCAGUUAUACUUGGUGGAGGAGCUGGAACCCGUCUCUUCCCUCUCACUAAGCGACGAGCCAAGCCUGCUGUUCCUAUUGGAGGUGCUUACAGGCUGAUUGAUGUGCCAAUGAGUAACUGCAUCAACAGUGGUAUAAACAAGGUGUACAUUCUCACUCAGUUUAACUCAGCCUCACUCAACAGGCACAUUGCACGUGCUUACAACUCUGGUAGUGGAGUCACCUUUGGAGAUGGCUACGUCGAGGUUCUUGCAGCAACCCAAACCCCAGGGGAGGCAGGUAAAAAGUGGUUUCAAGGUACUGCUGAUGCUGUGCGGCAGUUCCACUGGCUCUUUGAGGAUCCAAGAAGCAAGGGCAUCGAGGAUGUGUUGAUUCUUUCUGGGGAUCACCUCUAUCGAAUGGAUUAUAUGGACUUCGUUAAAAAUCACCGUGAGAGUGGUGCAGAUAUCACUCUUUCUUGUCUGCCAAUGGACGACAGCCGUGCCUCAGAUUUUGGUCUGAUGAAGAUAGACAACAAAGGAAGGAUCCUUUCAUUUAGUGAAAAGCCUAAAGGAGAAGAGUUGAAAGCAAUGCAAGUAGAUACAACCGUUUUGGGCCUUUCGAAGGAUGAGGCUCAAAAGAAACCAUACAUUGCUUCCAUGGGAGUGUACGUCUUCAAGAAGGAAAUUCUUCUUAAUCUACUAAGAUGGCGCUUUCCUACUGCAAACGACUUUGGAUCAGAGGUUAUUCCUGCCUCAGCUAGAGAAUAUUAUAUGAAGGCUUAUCUCUUCAAUGAUUAUUGGGAAGACAUAGGGACCAUCAGAUCAUUCUUUGAGGCAAAUCUUGCCCUCACUGAGCAUCCACCCAGGUUUAGCUUUUACGAUGCAGCAAAACCAAUGUAUACAUCCAGGAGAAACUUACCACCAUCAAAGAUUGACAAUAGCAAGAUUGUUGAUUCAAUCAUAUCACAUGGAAGCUUCUUGAAUAAUACCUUGAUAGAGCACAGUGUUGUUGGAAUCAGAUCCAGAAUAAACUCAAAUGUUCAUCUAAAGGAUACGGUGAUGCUUGGUGCUGAUUUCUAUGAAACCGAUGCAGAAGUGGCAGAACUCUUAGCUGAAGGAAGGGUUCCGAUAGGAAUAGGAGAAAAUACCAAAAUCAAGAACUGUAUCAUUGACAAAAAUGCUAGAAUAGGAAAGAAUGUCGUAAUAGCAAAUUCAGAGGGCAUACAAGAGGCUGAUAGAUCUUCAGAAGGGUUUUACAUCCGUUCUGGGAUUACCAUUGUAUUGAAAAACUCAGUCAUUGAAGAUGGACUCGUCAUAUAAUAAAUUCGCCCGCGGUUUGUUUGCCCCGGUUUACAAAGAA